UUGAGAAUGUCUCUGCCAAGUCGACAAACAGCUAUUGUUAACCCUCCACCACCAGAGUGUAUAAAUACUAAGAAAAAUGGGCGAUUGACGAAUCAGCUGCAGUAUCUACAGAAAGUUGUCCUGAAGGCUUUGUGGAAGCAUAGUUUCUCCUGGCCUUUUCAGCAGCCUGUGGAUGCUGUCAAACUAAAGUUGCCUGAUUAUUAUACCAUUAUAAAAAACCCAAUGGAUUUAAAUACAAUCAAGAAGCGCUUGGAACAUAAAUACUAUGUGAAAGCUUCGGAAUGUAUAGAAGAUUUCAAUACAAUGUUCUCAAAUUGUUAUUUAUACAACAAGCCUGGAGAUGACAUUGUUCUUAUGGCUCAAGCUCUAGAAAAGCUGUUCAGGCAGAAAUUAUCUCAGAUGCCACAAGAAGAACAAGUUGUGGGUGGUAAGGAAAGAAUAAAGAAAGGUACUCAACAGAAUAUGACAGUUUCUAUUAAAGGAAAACAGUCCCCCAAAGCGCUGGGAAAACUGCUUCCACAGCAAGUAAUUCCUUCUGUAUUUCCUGAAAUAUCUGUUUCUCCUUCAAACCUGGCACAAGGUGCUCCACUCAACACUGUCUCACAAACAGUCACCCAGGUUACAAAGGGUGUGAAGAGGAAAGCAGAUACAACAACUCCUACAACUUCAGUAGUUAAAGCAAGUGGUGAAUCUUCCCCAACACUUACAGAAAAAAAAUCAGGGAAAAUGCCACCUAUAAAAGAAAAUAUGCUAAAGAAUGUUUUGCCGGAUUCUCAGCAACAAUAUAAAGUUUUAAAGAAUGCUAAAGUAACCGAACAAUUAAGGCACUGUAGUGAGAUUCUUAAAGAAAUGCUUGGAAAGAAACACUUGUCAUAUGCAUGGCCCUUUUAUAAUCCUGUUGAUGUUAAUGCUUUGGGACUCCAUAACUACUAUGAUAUUGUGAAAACCCCAAUGGAUCUUGGAACCAUCAAGGCAAAAAUGGAUAACCAGGAAUAUAAAGAUGCAUAUGAAUUUGCUGCAGAUGUUAGAUUAAUGUUCAUGAAUUGCUAUAAGUACAACCCUCCAGACCAUGAAGUGGUUACAAUGGCAAGAAUGCUUCAGGAUGUUUUCGAAGUGCAUUUUGCAAAGAUCCCAGAUGAACCUGUUGAGAGUAUGCCUGUAUAUUACAUCAAAACAGAUACCACAAAAACCCUUGGUAGAGAAAGCAGUAGUGAAGCUUCUUCUGAAGAUAACUCUUCUGGUGAUUCUGAAGAUGAACGAGUUCAGCGUCUUGCAAAGCUUCAGGAGCAGCUUGAAGCUGUUCAUCAACAGCUACAGGUUCUGUCCCAAGUACCUUUUCGUAAGCUAAAGAGAAAGAAUGAGAAGUCUAAAAGGAAAAAGAAAAAAGAAAAGAUUGAUAACAGAGAUGAAAAUCCAAGGAAAAAGUUUAAGCAAAUGAAACUAAAGGAAAAACCCAAGCGCAAUCUGCCAAAGAAGAGGAAACCACAGGUCUUCACUAUGAAAUCUGAAGAUGAAGAUAAUGCAAAACCUAUGAACUACGAUGAGAAAAGACAGUUGAGUUUGGAUAUAAACAAACUCCCUGGAGAUAAACUUGGGCGAGUCGUUCAUAUAAUACAAUCCAGAGAGCCUUCAUUGAGAAAUUCCAGCCCUGAUGAGAUAGAGAUAGACUUUGAAACACUGAAAUCGUCAACACUGAGAGAGCUGCAAAAAUAUGUUGCUGGAUGUCUAAGAAAAAGAUCACUAAAACCUCAUGGUAAGAGAACAAUGAAGUCAAGAGAAGAACUUCAUUCAGAGAAAAAACUAGAAUUGGAAAAGCGGUUACUGGAUGUCAAUAAUCAGUUAAAUUCUAGAAAACGUCAAACAAAACCUGAGAAAACUCAAUCAUCCAAGGCCAUUGGAAGUGGUUCCCGACUGAGUGAAAGCAGCAGCAGUAGCAGCAGCAGUAGUUCAUCAGAGUCUGAAAGUAGUAGCAGUGAUUCAAGUUCUUCAGACAGCAGUGAUUCCGAAUCAGAAAUGUUUCCUAAAUUUACUGGAGUAAAACAGAAUGAUUCUCCUAAAGAGAGAUUACAGGUAAAAUCUGUGCAAGAUAUAACCUCUGGGGUAACUAGCCUGGUUCAACAGACUGCAUGUUCAAAUGGAACACCACCAAACCACCACCAAUUAGUAUUUAAUCAUCAAGAACCAGAACAUUCACAGAGUGUGGAAAACAUCUCACCUUUACAAAUUCUGCCUCUUUUAGAUGAUUCUGAACAACUGCUGAAUGGCCUAACUGUGAUGCCUCAGUCCAGUGAUAAUGACACAGUGAUGUUAGAAUCAGAGUAUCAAGGUCAAGUUCCAGUGCAAAAGGAUAUAAAGAUCAAGAAUGCAGAUUCUUGGAAAAGUUUAGGCAAACCAGUCAAAACAUCAGGUGUACUGAAAUCAUCAGAUGAGCUCUUCAACCAGUUUAGAAAAGCAGCAAUAGAAAAGGAAGUAAGAGCUCGAACACAGGAACUAAUACGGAAGCAUCUGGAACAGAAUACAAAGGAACCAAAAGUAUUUCAAGAAAAUCAGAGGGACCAUGGCUUCACUCUAGAAUCUUCUCCAAAUAAAAUGCAAAACAGGUGUCUUGGAGAAGAACAAAAACAAGAUCAGCAGUCACAGGAAGCUCAAGAUAAAGGCAAACUGUGGCUUCUGAAAGACCGAAAUUUAGCACGAGAGAAGGAGCAAGAGCGGAGGAGAAGAGAAGCAAUGGCUGGUACCAUUGAUAUGACUCUUCAAAGUGACAUUAUGACAAUGUUUGAAAACAACUUUGAUUACAACUCAGUUUUUUGA